UCUCCAGUUUUGUGCGGAUUUUCAUACAUCGCCAAUUUCAAAAAGCAGGACGUCAUUUUUCCGCCCCUCGUUCAUAGCUCGUCAUCCGCCCCUUAUUAAACUGCUGGAUUCCGGUCGCUGGAUCAUGCCCCAUACAGGUCAAGCCGGGGUCAACCAAUUGGGUGGCGUAUUCGUCAAUGGACGGCCACUGCCAGACUACGUCCGUCGAAGGAUCGUCCAGCUGGCGUUGUUAGGCGUCCGUCCGUGCGAUAUCUCGCGGCAGCUUCUAGUCUCCCACGGAUGCGUCUCCAAGAUACUGACCCGCUUUUACGAAACGGGGUCCAUCCGGCCCGGAUCGGUUGCCGUCAACAACAAACAUAAGAUUGCGACGCCUAGCGUCGUGCGGAAAGUGUUGCGACUCAAGAGCGAAAGGCCGUCGCUAUUCGCUUCAGAGAUCCGAGAAGCUCUGCUGAGUCAGCGGCUCUGCGAUCCCGGUCAGGUGCCAUCCGUUUCAUCCAUUAAUCGAAUCCUUCGCGAAGCGGCUUCCGCAUCCAGUUCUUUGGCGGCGGAAUGGCCCGGACUCAUGGUAGGCCAUCACAUGCAGCAGUUGUUCAUCAGCAACCAAUCAGCAUCGAUGCAACAACAGCAGCAACACCAUCAAAUGCUAUCGCCAUCUGGAAGUACUACACAGCCAACCUCCGCCGCUCAUGCGUUUCCCAACAUUCUUCAACUGGAUUUAUCUGUUCCGUCGACAUCCGCAACGACAUCCAGCUACGAUCCAGCCAUGCCAUUAGACUGCAGCAGCAAACGAACGGCGACUGAUUCCGAAUCCGGUGCUAGUCCAGCCGUCCCUCCUCCACCGCCGGUCAUCGUCAAACGCAAAAAGAUUUCGUACGCCAUCGAAGAUUUGUUAAAAAAGGAUGACAGUUAGGCCUGGCCCCUCCGAUCUAUUAAAAAAAGAAAAAAAAAAGAAAAUCACAUAUAAUUAU